AUGGCCUCUCGCAUAUCGCGUACUUUCUGGGUGGUCCUUCUUGCGGUGCUUCUAGUCGGGUCCAUUGCUCUCAUCAGCACACCUUCGCGCUCCUAUCUCGAGCCAUGGGCGGGUGACCUGUUCGCGAACGACGGAGUAUUAGCCGGGAGCGAUAUGCAUAUACUACCCGUGGGAGACCUGGAGGCCAACGUGCAACUACGGCCGAACGGGGACGAAGUCCACGGAGGCGUAGUCAUGCCCAAACUAGGCAAUGCGACUGCCAAGGCCGAACUUGGGCGCGCAACAUGGAAGUUAUUGCACACCAUGACUUUACGGUACCCAGAGGCGCCUACGGAGGACGAGCGCAACGCGUUCUACUCGUAUAUCCAUCUCUUCUCUCGCCUAUACCCAUGCGGAGAAUGCGCCGCUGAGUUUCAACAGCUUCUGAAGAAGUACCCACCACAGACAUCCUCGAGAAGAUCCGCCUCGUUGUGGUUGUGUGCCGUACACAACCGUGUGAACGAGCGUUUGAAGAAGCCCCAAUUUGACUGUGCGCACCUCGAAGAGAACUACGAUUGUGGGUGUGGCGAUGAUGAGAAAGUGGGCGACGCUACGUCGGAGAAGAGCAAGGACGCAAUCACCGGAGAGCAGCUUAUCAAGGGUGGUCGUUGA